CGAAAGCUUUGCUGAAUGCGCACUGUACACGAAAACUCUCAGUGCUACACGCAACCUCAGACGAAGCUGUUUGAAAUUUCAAAAUGAUCUUUUUAAUAUAUUUGGUGAUCGCAAUAUCCGCGCUAGUUGCAUAUCUCAUAUAUAGCAACACAACGUUUUGGCUAAAUCAAGGAAUUCCCCAGGAUCCGCCACAUCCAUUUUACGGCAACAUGGUUGGCUUCCGCAAGAAUCGCGUCGUUCACGAUAUUUUCGAGGAAUAUUAUAACAAAUUCCGAAAAGCGGGUCAUCCCUUUGUGGGUUUCAGUUUUCUCUUUAAGAGAAGUGUCCUCAUCAUAGACACUGAGUUAGCCAAGAAUGUGUUAAUCAAGGAUUUCAGCAACUUUGCCGAUCGCGGACAGUUCCACAAUACGCACGAUGACCCUUUGACUGGUCACCUCUUCAACUUGGAUGGCAAGCGCUGGAAAGAAAUGCGACAAAGACUCUCACCCACGUUUACCUCUGGCAAAAUGAAGUUCAUGUUUCCUACUGUUAUAAAAGUAUCCGAAGAGUUCGUUAAGGUGAUGUUUGAAGAAGUCCCAGCCAAAUCUGGAGGUGCUAUUAUCGAGAUCAAAGAGCUGAUGGCUCGCUUCACCACUGACGUCAUUGGCACCUGUGCCUUUGGCAUUGAGUGCAACACUCUUCGCACUCCAGACACCGAUUUCCGUAAAAUGGGAAGCAAGGUGUUCACCGAUCUCCGUCAUGGUGCUUUACUCACAGCUUUCGCAUUCAGUUUUCCAGAACUGGCGAAUAAGCUGCACAUGCGUUUGAUACCCGAUGAUGUCCAUGAGUUCUUCAUGGGAUUGGUAAACGAAACAAUCGCCUAUAGGGAAAAGGAAAAUAUCAAGCGCAACGAUUUUAUGGAGAUGCUGAUUGAACUCAAAAAGAAGGGAAGUUACACACUAGAGAAUGGCGAAGUGGUCAAGGGACUAGAUAUUGGAGAACUCGCUGCUCAAGUCUUCGUGUUCUUCUUAGCUGGCUUUGAAACAUCGUCUUCUACCAUGAGCUAUGCUCUCUAUGAGCUAAGUCAGCAUCAGGAUAUCCAGGAUAAGCUCAGAGAACACAUUAAUAGUGUCUUACAGCAACACGAAGGAAAACUAACUUAUGAAAGUAUCAAAGCAAUGGAUUACUUGGAUCAGGUCAUAUCGGAAACCCUGCGUCUCUAUACAAUCGUGCCUUUCUUGGAGCGCAAAGCUCUAAAAGAUUAUGUUGUUCCCGGUCAUCCCAAACAUAUUAUACCAAAGGGAAUAACCGUUUACAUACCUGCAGCUGCCUAUCACAGGGACGAAGAUCUCUAUCCCGACCCCAUGAAAUUCGAUCCUGAACGCUUCUCAGCCGAACAAGUUGCCAACCGCGACUCUGUGGAGUGGUUGCCCUUUGGUGAUGGUCCUAGAAACUGUGUGGGAAUGCGUUUUGGCCAAAUGCAGACACGUAUUGGCCUGGCCCAGUUGAUAAAGAACUUUAAGUUCUCGGUGUGCGAUAAGACUGACAUUCCGCUUAAAUACAAUCCCAUGUCAAUUGUGUUGGGCACAAUUGGGGGUAUAUAUGUAAAAGCCGAGCGAGCUUAGAGUGUAACCGAGGAGCCACGAAAGUGCCAAGAAUUAAAUGGGAUUUCUUAUCCGAUAUCUAUCUGAACAUAAAGUUAUUAUGAUUAUGAUCAACACAAUUGCAAACAAAUAUAAUUAAAUAUUAAAAUUGAAUUUGAAAAUUUGUAGGCCAGUAAUAUGU